AUGCAAAAUAUUGAUAUUUUAAGCACAAAGAAUAGAAAAUCAGACCUUAGUGAUCUUAGUGCUUUUCAAUCCUCAACACAAAAGUCAUUCUUACAUGAUUUGUCAUUACCUAAGAUUAAUAUCAUUGUGAAUUCAUUUGAACCCAAACUGCAGAAUCUGAUUAAAGCUGAUGGAGAUUAAACUGAUAUUAAUCCUGAAACUGAAAGGAUUUCUAAAUAAUAAACUCAAAGAUAAGAUAUGUUAAAUAAUCAAAUCCUCAAAGGUAAAAAAAUUCACAAAAUUACAUUUCGAGAUUAAAUUACUGGAUAAUCUCUUUAACAAAUCAAGUACUUUCAAAAAGAACCCCAAGAAGAUCUUGAUGAAUGUUGUCCUUGCAACAUUUUUUGA